AGUGUAUAAUGUAUAGUAGUGUAACAUAGUACUGUAAUAUAUACAUAAUAUUUUACAACAUUAGUUUAACAUUGCAGAGUUUGUUGUCGCUCAGGCGGAGCGAGCACGUGACGCGCUCAUUCGUCAUGGCGGGACCAGGCCCGAGCAAACACAAGCUACAAAAUGUGGGGCCUCAGGAGGAGUGGUCUAUCCGGGAAAAACUCUGCCUCGCCUCCUCCGUCAUGCGAAGUGGCGAUCAAAACUGGGUCUCCGUAAGUAGAGCAAUCAAGCCGUUUGCAGAACCCGGGAGGCCUCCAGACUGGUUCUCACAAAAGCACUGUGCAUCUCAGUAUUCUGAACUACUGGAAACUACAGAGACACCUAAGCGCAAGAGGGGUGAGCGUGGAGAAGUGGUGGAAACCAUUGAAGAUGUGAUCGUUAAGAAGCUUACCGUUGAACGAAUUGAAGAGCUAACAAAAAGCAUUCGCGACAUACAAGACCGAUACAAAAAAUUAAAACAUGAAUUGGAACUGGUUCAGAACGGGCAGUUGGACCAUAAUCUGCAUGAAAUCUGGAACGACAUUGUCGCUCGAAAGAAACAAGAUGAAGAAGAGGCGGAAGCGAAAAGGAAAGCUGUAGAAGAAGCAUAUCAAGCUCGCAUGGCAAUCAAAAAUGCCUCCAAGAGACCAUUGGCUAGCAUUCGGACCUUGUCAGCAGAUCCCACAACUUCUGGCCUGGACUCUCCAAGCCCUGACGUAGCUUCCGGAAGUGAUGUGGUUAUGGCACAACCUCCUUUGGGUGGCAUUACGGUGAUGACACCAGCAGUUUCAUCUCCUGUGACUUCGACUCCCACUGCGGCGCCUGGGGUUGACGAUUCGCUAGCAAAGAAAGCAGCAAACAUAGGUGUACAGAAACCGAGCCCCCCACAGUCGCCGCUGACUGAGCUGCUGCGUAAAAACGGGAUUCCAUCCUUCGGUACCGUAACCUCGGAGAAGUGUGGCGAGGGCACGUUUGGAGAAACGGGCAUUGAAGCUGAUACUGUUCCUCUGCAUGAAAUGCCCAUCACCCCAUCCCCUAUCCAUACCAUAAUACCUGGCCCUCCAUCUGCAGUGGCACCAACUCUGUCCAAACUGCUGGAAUCUGGGCUGUCUGCAGUGCCAAUUCCUGCAACAAUCGCCGUUUUCCAGACACCGCCAAUGGAAGCGCCUGCGGUUGCACUCAGGAUCCCGGAGAUUCCCGAGCCCAGUCCGGUGCUGAAACAAGCUCAGGAGGAAGCGGGCAAAGUCUUAGCAAAUGAAAGCGACAUACAAAUGAGCGUCACCGUCGUGGGACAAAGGCUGUUGCUUCCCUGUGAGAGCAAUGCGCACGUUACCGUUGUCACGGCCCCUCCGGCGGUGGAGGCCCCUGCCGCCGAAAUGGCGCCCCAAGAAGUUAAUGCAGCCGCUUUGACGACGGACGCCACAGCAGCAGCAUCCGCGCCAGCAGUGACAGUGGCAGAGGAGAUUCCACAGCCGAAAAGCGAACUCACUCCCCCUGCGCUUCCCAAGGCUGAGCAGGUGGUGCCAGAGGCAGCGAGGGUCGAAGUUCAGCCACUAGCGGAGGUUUUGACCGAACAGCCGCAAGUGGAGGAGGUGGUGGUGGAGUCUCUGCAGCAGGCACUCAUGCCUCAAGUGGAGGAGGAGGCAGCGAUGGAGGUGGUCGAGAUGGGCGAUGGAGAUGGAGAUGUGCUCGGCGAGAUGGAGGAUGGGGAGCAGGACAUUGAUAUUCCCCUUGGAAGUGAGGAGGAGAAGGCAUUGUUAGAGGAGCAGAGCCCCCCAUCUCAUCCGGAAAUUCAGAUUGCUCAGGAGGAAGAAGGAAUGGCGAAGGAGAUAUUUUCUACUCCACCUGAAACGCCUGCACCCAUGCCCGCUCCCAUGACCACUCCCAUGCCCACUCUGAUAUCCACUCCCAUAUCUACUCCCAUACCGACAUCUACACCAUUGCCCAUACCCACUCCUAUGCCCACUCCUAUACCCACCCACGUGGCCACCCCCAUAGUCACCCCCGUGGCCACCCCCAUGCCUACACCGAUGGCCACACCCAUGCCCACCCCUAUGGCCACACCCAUGCCCACCCCUAUGGCCACACCCAUUCCCACCCUGAUGUCCACACCCACGCCCACACCCAUGCCCACCCUGAUUCCCACCCCGAUGCCCACACCCAUGCCCACACCUGCACGUGAUACUUCACCCACGCCCUUGCCCACACCCAGCCAAGAAGAGCUCAAGCCAAGUCUGGUGCAGCCCUUUAUGCCGCCUCCCGAGGUAAAGGAAGAAAUAGCAGUCGACGCGGGAAAACUGUCUCCACAUGUGGAACCGGUUCCCCAGGUCACGUGUGAAGCAGCUGAUCCCCCGGCUGAGCAAUUGGCAUCACCUAAAGUCCAGGCACACACGUCCCCACAGCCGACCUCGCCUGUAACUCAACCCAAGGAUGAAACGGAGAUCCAAGCUGCCGACCCAGCUACGGAGGGCGUGGUAGAGGAUGUUGAACAGAGGAAAAAUGAACAGCCUAACCUGGAGGCGACAGCACAGACUGAGCCCCUUGUCGAUGUAGAAAACAAGCGUGAGGAUACGACUGAGGCUUCAGAGGAGGUGGAGACGCACCAGAUUCCAGACAUUGUUCCCGAAGAAGAGGAGGACGACGAGGUGACAGUAAAAAAGGAUGAGCCAGACCCGGAGGAGACCAAGCAAGAGCAGGCAGUGCCUUCAGAUCCAGCCUCUCCAGCGAGCAGCACCAGCUCCAAGGUGCCAAGCGAGGACACUCCGCUGGGCAUACGCAGGAAGCCAGGCCGCCCCAAUAAAAGAAGCAUGGUCAAAAAGAUUGUGAAACUGCAGCAAAAGGAGGUGGGCAGCGAGGCCGGUAGCAUCGAGGAGGAGCGUAGCGAGACGGACAUACUGGAGGUAAUGGAGCACGGAGCCAGUGAGAGCGAGGACGGGUCCAGCAUGCACAACACGCUGCACAUGCCCUCCACCAGCCUCACCGACUCGGUGCCCAACAGCCCUGCCUCCUCGCAGUUCUCCAUUGGCAGUGAAGACCCAGAAGCACUCCAAGCUCAGAAAAUUUGGAAAAAGUCCAUCAUGCUGGUUUGGCGGGCAGCGGCCAACCACAAGUAUGCCAACGUUUUCUUACAACCGGUGACCAACGACAUUGCCCCUGGCUAUCACUCCAUAGUCCACAGGCCUAUGGACCUGUCGACCAUCAAGAAGAACAUUGAAAAUGGCGCAAUCCGCACCACGGCCGAGUUCCAGCGUGAUGUCAUGCUCAUGUUCCAGAACGCCAUAAUGUACAACAGCUCGGACCACGACGUGUUUCACAUGGCCGUGGAGAUGCAGCGCGAUGUCAUGGAGCAUGUGCAGCAAUUUCUGGCGACCCAGCUGAUUAUGCAGACGUCAGAAUCGAGUGUGGGCGCUAAGGUUCUGCGGGGUCGAGACCCAGCCAAGAAGCAAGAAUCCCUGGAGAAGGACACCCUCAGUAUGUGCUCUCCUGCAUUCCUACUGUCCUUAUUUGAUGUGGGCACGAGGGGGCGGCGGUCUGCCAUUGAGGCUGACAUGAAGAUGAAGAAGUAGGGAAGGAUGCUCGUCGCUAUUUUACUCCCAGCUGGUGGAUGUUCAUCACCAGGCCAUCACGAAAAGGACAAAGGACAAGUUCUCACUUAGUUUCCUCUAUCGUAUGUGUACAGCCUUGGCAACGGUGAGCCACUUGGCCUUGAAACUUAGUUUUAGCCCACUAGUUUUUAACCCGUGAGGAAAAAUCUGCAUUGUAGGUUAAAAUUGUUCACAGAUAAUUGUAAAUUGUCAAAGCUGUGGAGCAACCAUUCAUCGCAAACAUAUUUGACUAAUAAUUCUAUGUGUUUCGAUUUAAAGCUUUCGUGACUGCAAUGAUUCAUCUUCUUUGGUUCUUUCGGUAAAGUCACGUAGAAUGAGAA